GAAAAAUUAAAAUUAUAAAAACCCCCAAAAAUGGCGGCGGUAUCAGUAGCGGCGGCGAUCCCCAGGGCAGUCGCCGGAGCGUUUCCUUCUCCGUCAUCUGAGAACUCGAAGCGUUCCCACUUUUCCUCUCUUCAGUUCCCCUCGGAGCUCCGUACUUUCGGAAUCCGAAAUCAGCGCCUUAAUUCUAAGCUCCGCCACCGUACGCUUACUUUGGUUGCGUCAAAGGCGCAGGAGUUGUCGUCUGAUCUUGACGAAAUAUUGGACAAUUCUGAGAAACCAGUAUUGCUUGACUUCUAUGCUACAUGGUGUGGUCCUUGCCAGUUCAUGGCUCGUAUAUUGGAUACAGUGAGUAGUUCAAUGAUAGAUAAGAUCCAAGUUGUGAAAAUCGACACCGAGAAAUAUUCCAGCAUCGCAGACAAGUACAAAAUCGAGGCGUUGCCUACUUUCAUCUUGUUCAAGGAUGGGAAACAACUUGAUCGCUUUGAGGGUGCUAUGGCUGCAGACCUGCUUAUUCAACGAAUCAAGGCUUCACUGUAAGUAGUAGUUUCAGCAGCUAAUGGCGAAGUCGUGUACAUGGUAUUAUUACGACAUGGCUAAUGAAUGUCCUAAAGAAAGAAGUACUUGCUUAGGACAAGUCGAAAGCAGCUCCGGUUAUCAUGUUCGUUGCGGACAAAGGGAAUGAGUAAACACUCUGCAUUCAUGAACAGAGCCUUGGUUACUUCAAUUUGAAUUAUUGUUUAUUAUUACAGUAAAAGUUACAGAAUUGUGGUGUGAGAUUUUAUUUUAAUCAGUGUACAAAUAUUCCCCAAGUGAAAUCAAUGUAUAGUUCAUAUUAUAAAACUGAAAGAUGAUGAGACAUGUUGUUAUUA